CUCAGCUCCUUCUAGCCCCACCAUUUACUAUGCUCCAAUAUUGAUUGUAUCGCUCACCGUUUCCUCCGGCUAAGCGGACGGUUCCCCCCCCCCCCAAAUGCCGCCGUGUGUUGGCAAAUCAUUAACCAGUUUGUUGGAUUGGGUUGAAUGGCCUCAAUCAUGUCCUUUUUUCAGGGCACUGGAACAAUACCGGCUACUUCAGAUGCCACCGUAUUGCCAUCCUCAGUCCCGUCAUUAAACAGCACUCCCGCUGUCCAGUCCCUCCUCUCCUCCGCUCCACGCGACUUACUCUCUCUUCCCUUGCGCGGUCUACAACAAGCAGAAACCUUCGCCUUUUCGACUAUUCCCAGAGGCGUCGCACGGUUAGUUGGAUUCCGGGAUAUGGCUACACACUUCUGGGGUUCCGCCCCCGCCGCCGGACCAGAGAGCGAUGUUGUUGCCGCUGCGACCCAAGUCGCUACCGAGGCUAUCAGGGAAGGUGUAGCAGAUGCUACGGCUCAGCCUAGCUCAGGUCUUCAUAUUAGCGAUCUUCUUCAGACAGUCAUAAAAUUCAGUGGCUUUUUUUCGUACUUGACCAGUCGGUGGUCUCUUGCAUGCUUUACCGUGGCUCUCGUUUUGAAUAGAAUCACGAUAUAUGCGUCGACAAGAAGACAUUUAACGCUAGACUGGACGAGACGGCUGGCUUUGCGAAUAAUCCCUAUUCUCCUAUUUAUAUUUCAGAUUCAUUCCCUCCUCCGCGCGAUCAAAUGCCAGACCUCCCCCGACUAUUCUGAUAUCCGCUACGGCGCCCCCGGGAAACGCUUGAUUUUCGAUCAUGCCGGUUCCGGGGGAUUCCUAUAUUGGUUAACCUCUUCAUUACUUCCCUGGGAGACUGACGGUCAGUCUUGCAGUGCAGUCAGCAUGAGUCGGGCCACGGCUGGCUCUGAAAUCCCGUACGGCUCAUUCAAGCUUCUAUGGCCCGUCUUCGCACGACUUUGUCUCGGUCAUUUCAUUGAAACCCUCUCGUGCUCCUUGCAAGGAAGACCAGUAGUUACAGAAGGCGGUAUGUCUAUUUUUGAGCAUUCGCUUGCGUUCGCAGAAGCCGAAUCCUCCAUUGGCCAAUCUCUCGGGCUAGGCUUGUUUGGCUCUUCCAAGCCAAGUAGAGACAGGGCCGGAGAAGCGCCACAAUCCGCGUUUCACCUGAUGAGUAGAACGCAACUUAUUGAGCGCAUGAACGUGACACCGGAGCUGCUCCUUAUUGCUUUAAUAUCCUGUUGCAAUGGCUUAGCCUCAAACGUUCUGGAUGUGUUGGGGCAGCAGGGAAGAUAUCGCCUAUUCAACACUGCAUUCUGGGGUCUUUGCUUUAUGAGUGCUAUGGCGUGGGGGCUAGCGGGCGGUUCAUCCCUCGGGACUGAAGGUGUUGUUCCAAAGUUUCCCACGGUUUGCGUGGUUGGCUUUGUGCCCCAUUUACUGAUAUUGUCCGGUAUCAUUGUUUGCGCUGCCAUUUACCUACUGGCUCUAUUCAUCGCAGCAUUUUCACUUCCAUCAGAUGUUCCUCAACAGCUAUCUCUUCGAGAAAGGUUCGCCUUGGCGCAUGAGAACAUGCAAGGGUCAAAUCAGGUCCACAGCAUCCGCUUUAACCGACAUGAAGACUUUUAUACCACCCUUCUUCGGAUUGGUUAUACCGCCUUGACCGCCGCUAGCGAAGCCGUUUUCCUCAAUGAGGGCAGAGGCGUUGUCGCCCGCAGUAUGACGUGGCUGGAGGAGGAUAGAUUAGUCGAAAUUGAAAAUUCGCGGCGAAGAAGUUCGUCUCAUCAUGCUGCACGCCACGCCGGUGGCGCCCUGCCGUUCGAUAGUGUGGAGCCUAUCUCUUUUGAGAUACCAGAGACUACCUCAGAAUGGCAAAGUGGGUAUGGCAAGGAAAAGAAAAUUGAGAAGCCCAAAAACAGAUCUCGAUCGGUUCGCUCGCAGUCCAACCCUGGAGGAGUUGGCGCUUUCCGUGGCCUCGUCCGGUGUUACCAGGGUCUUGCUUUCUUCCGGGCGAUCUUCUAUCUCAUGUUCAAAUGGAUUGCUUUUGGUCUCGACAAAGUGUUAACUCAGAUUGGGAUCAACGCCCGGCCACAGUGGUUGAAAUCGCUGGUAGGAUCUCGAGGACGGACAGCUCAAGAGAAGUCAAGCAAGAUCGUCACUGAAUCACUUGACUUCUGGAUGCUCACGGACGAGGGGGAGCUGGAGCUACCAGGUGACCACGAGUUUGAUGUCGAAAAAGAGAUGAGAAAGCGGGAGCGUUUGAAUUCGGGUAAUUGGAAAACGACCGAUGAACAGCGCCUCGACGAGAAGCUGUACAGUUGGUGGAAAGCUGGCGGCUCUUGGGGAAACCAAGACCAAAGUCCAGACUACAACCCACCUGAGGAGGACUGGGACGACACAACCAGCGUUGCAUCUGUCUCAACUACUGGCGAUUCUGAAUGGGAAGGAUACGAAUCGGAUGGCCGACGUACGCCUACGCAAAGUGAUCCGUUCCCGGGUCACUAUUCUCGCGAAGGCACUCCCAUGCAAGAAUCAUUAAUGGAAAUCGGCUCGUUUGCGCGUCUCCUUGACCCCCGCGACGAAGAAACUCGACGAGAGGCCCGAAUCCUAGCAGCGCAUUUAACUGCCGGUCGAGAGGGACGAAUACUCACCCGACGUCAGUUCCAACAGCAAAUCGAACGCGAGAGAGCCCAAGUCCUACUAUCUUCACGGUUAUCCCAACUAGCGACGAGAGGGUCCACUGAUGGAAAACGAAAGCCGACUGUCGACGAGGAAUCCGAAAUUCUCGAGCAGCUCAUCCUCUCUCGUCGGUCAGGGCCUCAUUCCAACUCAAACACAACCAACGCCCAGACGUGGGAGGCCGGCGCCUCAGGUCUGGGGACUAGCGGACCGCCCUGUGUUGUCUGUCAGACCAACUCUCGAUCUAUCAUCAUCUGGCCUUGUCGAUGUCUCUGUAUUUGUGAAGAUUGCAGAGUGAGUCUAGCGAUGAACAAUUUCGGAAGCUGCGUGACUUGUCGUCAGGAAGUAGGUGGAUUUGUACGUUUAUGGGUACCAUAGAACCAUGAUAUGAUAAUCAGCGCGUCUUUUCUUUUCUUUUCUUCUUUUUCUCACAUCAUAUCACAUCAUAUUAUAUUAUAUCAUUGCAUUUACUUGUUCUACUUUGUUCUUUGUUCUGAUAUCCUUGUUGGUUGAUUGUUACUUUAAAGGCUAAGCAGUGUGAAUAAUCUACUUCACUUUUGUGUUUCGGGACAGACAGGAUUAAUAUAUCUAUAGUGAAAGUACUUUCUUGUUACCUCUUUUUCUCUCUUUCUCUCUCUUUUUUUCUUUCCCAGGCAUAACACAGACAGGGGCUUUCUAUAACAUAAACUAUAGUUACUAAAUAGUUGACAAGUUCUUCUCUUGUUCUUUUAGUCGCUAUUUCAAGGUAGACUAUCAGACUAGGUAUCCAGCUACUAUGUCUAUCUGUCUGGAUUCAAAAUU